ACUUAUAUUUCGCUGCUCCGGCCGCUCUCCGCAUUGCCGCAGACCAGCCUCGCCGCGCGGGAGGCGGAGCGUCCUGGUGCCCGAGAAGCGGCGCGCUCUUCUGGGCGCGAGAGAGAAACCGGCGGGCCAGGAUUUUGCUGCAGAGGGAUUGCGGCGGAGCGUCGAGCUGCGUGCAGGACGACUUCAGGGGAGCCAUGGACAAAAUGAACAGUAUUCUGCUUACAAUAUUCAUUAUUGCAACUGUGUCCUGCAGUUCUGGCUAUGCACUCCGAUGUUACACUUGCGAACAAAGCCCCUUCCUGUGUAGGACAAACCUUACCUGUAGCUAUGAAGAAGAUGCUUGCUUGCAAAUUAGGUUUGUGCAUUUGAGAACCUAUAGCUGCUGGAAAAUGUCGCAGUGUACCACAGAACAAGUUGCCAAUUACUUUAACGCUGACAGUUUUAGAUUCCUUUGCUGCCAAAGAGAUCUCUGCAACAAAAGUUUAAACACCAUGAUCAGUACAGUUCCUCUAGCCAUUUCUGCAAUGACUGUGAUUUGGAUGAUGUUCCUGUGAUAUGGAGGUUUUAAAAAAUGUGUUGUCUAUACACAUCACACAUUCCCAUCCUUUUUUUAGUUGAUAUGUCUGCAGCAUUUGGAAAAGGGGUGCAUUGUCUUAAACCAGAAAAGUAUUCAGAUAUACAAAAGAGAAGGAGUUGCCAGGAAAGGUUAAAAUCCCCUUUUCAGAUAACUUGGAAAACACUCCUGAAUGAGAGAAACCCGUUCUGUAACAUAAUGUUCUCAGUCAGUGUAUUCUGAUGUCUUUUAGCAACUGAGCCACCUCCAUGGUUCUUAGGGCUGGUCAGCAGCCAUUGGAGGGGGGGGGGAGGCUGCUUCAACCUGCUCCAGAUGGCAGUUCUUAUGUAGAAACAAACACCUUCUUUCUUAGUUAUCUGGAAUCUUUCCUACCCAAUGCUUGCAGAGAUGAAAAGAGAACUGUAUGUAAAGAGCCAUCUACUUAAUGGACCUAAUACACGUAAAUCAUCCCUAUUUGUACGGCACAUUACAUUUCUAGGUGCUUGAUGGCAAAGCAGAGGCAUUCCCAAUAAAAUCAAAAGUAAGUCAGCAAGAAAAAAAAUUGACACCAACACAUGGCGCUUACUGGCUUAGACUAGCAUCCAAACCCCCUUGGCACCAGGCUAGGGGAGGUUCAGACUGGGCAGCAGUGUUUCUCUGCCUAGCUCUGCCAGUGAUUCCAAAAUCCCUCUGCUAGUGCAGAGCUUUUCAUUCUGCCUGCUGAAUGGGUGGACAGAAGUACUACUGGUGGGAUUCUCACCAGUGGUAGGCCACAGUAAGCCCCAAAAUUGGGCAUUCUGGCAGGAGCAGAGCCAGCUGGGAUCCUCAUUUGAUGGCAUCGGGCCCAAUCUGGGCCUGCUUGCUGCUUCCGUCUGGCACGCAGCAGUUUGCCCCCCCCACCCCCCCUUCCAUCUUGACUGACAUAAGCGACAGGGCAAUGGAUGCCAUGGUGGCUUCGCCAGUCCAUCUCAGUCCAUUGCUGCCUUCUCAGCCUCUUUAUCUUGCCCUCAGGACUCUCCCUAUCUUUGCUCCAUGCCUUCCUUGAAGCUGGAAUGGGUCCUUGACCUGUGAUAAUGCCUCCUGCUUCCUUCGAUGGAAAUGAUGUGCAUAGAAGCCUGCCCUAUAAAGAAAAGGAUUGUGUCUGCUGAUCACUUUGGUCUCUAGCCCUGCUCACCAUUGACAUGCUGUCCCUGGAAGGAGAAAAUUCAGCCCUUGGUCCAUGGGCAUAGCCAGGAUUUUUGUUGGGAGGGGCAGGCCUUUUGUUGGAGGGAGCAGAACCUCAGUUAACUAUGUAUUUUUAUUGAUUUAGGGGGGCAGCUGCCCCCUCUUGGCUACACCCAUGCCUUGGUCUGAAAAGAAUAUACCCUGACCCUUUCUUAGACUGUAGGUCAACUAGAUUCACAGGCAGCUUGUGUUGAUGACAAUGUUGUUGGUACUGUAGUUUGAUUUGGUCAAAGUCAUAUAUGAACAUCUGGAGCGAUGUUGAGUAAUCUGCCUCUGCUCAGCUUUCAAAUGCUAAAACACUACAACAAAAUGCUUGUAUCAUUGUUUCAUUUUCAGAAGCCUUGCUAUAAACGUGUAGUAGCCUAUAUCUGCUGUUUGAACACUUACUUCCUGAUCCUUAUAGCACACUUACAUGAAAUUCCCUCAUAUAGCAAUGAAGCUUACCUUCAGGAAGUGCGUUUAGAAUUGCAGCCUAAUGACAUUUCAACUUUGAGUUUAGUGUGAAGACUUUGUCCAAUGAGGAGAGACUCUUUAUACUGUAAUCAGAUGUGAAACGCAUGAGCCUACUAUUAGCUGGUAUAUAUGACGGCCUAUAGUUAUUACUCUUUCUAUAGUCAUUCAAGAAACAGAUGCACUUCUUGCCAUGUUUAUUUCAACUGCCAAUAUACUACUAGCAUUGCAAUAAAUACAGUUACUGUGAAUAAUGCUUAUAUACUAUGUAUAUAGCAGGGGUGGUGAAUCUGUGGCCCUCUGGAUGUUGUUGAAUUCCAGUUCCCAUUAUUCCUGACCAGUGGCCAUGCUUGUUGGGACUGAUGGUGUAACAACUUCAGGGCAGCCACAGGUUCUUGAUCCCUGCUAUAAAAAGCACACUGGCUUUGUUUACAAUUACGCCCACUGAAUAGACAGCAGCUACUUUUUAUAAUUCUUCUUUCUUCUGCAAUAGUUUUCCAUGCAUUGGUCUUCCAUGUUAUUUGUGUGUGUGUGUGUGUGUGUGUGUGUGUGUAUCCUUUCAGGUGGUAAUGGGCUAGUUGUGGGGACAAAAAGCUCUCCCUCCCCACACAAAAAAACCUUUAGUUGCUGUUAACUUUCACUCCAGGGUAGCACAUAUCUAAUUUUCAGCCGUUGUACGCAGAUAGUGCCACAUUUUCCAUUUAUACACUAUACAUGCUUCAUCAACAUGGAUUUGUUAAACAAACUGUUCAAUCACUUGGAACAUGACUGGUGAUGGUUCUUUUUUAAAUCAACAACUAUAAAACAGUAAAUAAAACACACCUCUGUGUAAUGUGUGGUUGUUUGGAAAUUAGGAACAUAAGAAGCUGCCUUCUAUGCAGCCUUAGCAAUGGUCUAUAUAGCUCGGCACCAACUUCCCCCAACCUGGGGCCAUCCAAAUGUUUUAGAUUACAACU